GACAUCUGCUUAACAUUCAGGAGUACCCAGUUACCGACAGUAUCAUUAGCUGAGAGACAUCGGAUAUCCCGCUACUCACUUCCCCUCGUUGGCCAGAUAAUACCUUGGAAAAGGCCGUGAAGCCCGAGGCUGCUGACGGUGUUUCUCCUCACCUCCGUCUUAUCGGCAUACGACCAAAGGUCCGACAUUGAAACCCCCUGGCGUCGAGAGGAGACCGACAAUUGCCAUGUUGCAGAUUAGAAAGGCUCAGACGGUUCCGAUCCCGGUGGGACGCAGCGAGAGACGCCAAAUAGAAGCACUGCCCACGUUCGCUCCUGGCACGCUAAUCUUUCUCAAUCAUGACCCCGCGAGCGAAGGACGUCUGUCAGCGUCUGCAACAAGUCUUGUUGUUCAGGAAACACGUGCCCGUUCUAGCUCAACAGGCAGGGCACUUCCCGAAUCGGCUUCUCUCAGGGAACCUUACGACAAAGAACACCGCGAGAGCCGUUCGAGCCCUCCCACCAAGUCAAGCGACCGGGAUCUGGCCUCCGAAUCGACCCCCAGCGAAGACACUCUCGGCGAACAACGUAGUAAGACGCUGGAAGAGUCAGGGCCGAAACCCGUACUGGUAAACGCGAGAAAACAAGACACAGAGGAGUUGGGAUCCGGGGUGGAUAACCCGAUAUUGAUACCUUCGGGCGUAAACCCGGGCCCGCCCAAGGAGUCAGAGCCGAAAUCAUCAGUAGUUAAUAAGGGUUCCAUCUCGGAUGCAACUCAACAGCUCGUAGACGAUACAAGUGUGGAUAUCUGGUUUGGCGACAUCGAAAAAAUCAAUGAAGAGAUCCUCGAACCCUACAGACGACAGGCCUGCAAGAGGGUCAAAGUAGGCAUCCUGGACACGGGCAUUGACAUGAAGAACACGGCAUUUCACAAAGCGGAGGUCCGGCAGCGCAUUAAGAAGCGCGUCGAUUUCUGCGACCCUAACGGCAAAGGAACUGGGAGAGACAAGUGCGGCCAUGGCACGCAUUGCGCCGCUCUCAUAAACCGAAUCGCCCCUGCAGCCGAUAUUUACGUCGGGCGGGUGGCGAUUGACUUUGACUCGGGUGUGGAUGAGAACGUCGUAGCAAAGGCCAUCACUAUCGCUCUUGGCUCCAGGGGCCCUGGCGACGCCUCCAACAACUGGGACGUCGACAUCCUCUCCCUCUCGCUUGGUUUCCAGCACUAUAGCGAGGCUAUCGACACAGCUCUCCGAACGUCGACCCGCAAGGGCAAGAUCGUUCUCGCCGCUGCAUCCAACAACGGCACCCUGCGUGCCAUGGCCUACCCGGCCUGGGAUCCCGACGUCAUCCCCAUCAACUCGGCCAACGCGAGGGGCCGACCAUCCGACUUCAACCCGCCCGCGGUGCCGGGCAGGACGCUGACAAUCUUGGGCGAGAAUGUGCCCUCGGCCUGGAUCACAACUACUCCGACGGCGACGACAACCGCAUCGACGACAGACAUGAGCGGUCCAGACGACGCCGGCGCUCCAGAAGCUGCAGCGGCGGCAGUAGACCUCGCGGCAACGAGGCGCAUGUCGGGUACCUCGGUGGCGACGCCGAUUGCCGCCGGCCUCGUGGCACUUCUGUUUGAGUUCGCCAUGGUCGAGGUGCCAAACGACCCGGUGACCCAGGCGACGCUCAAUGACGUGCUCCCCAAUAUCAAGCGCCAGACGGGUCUGAAUGCGCUGCUGAUGGGCAAGGCCGCGAGGACAGGUGAUUUCCACAACAUUGUGCCGAUGAACCUCCUCAACCCGAACCUGACAUUGGGCGAAAACGCCGCCGUGAUCAAAGGGGUCUUAGCAAGAUGGUUCGGGUUUAGACGCCCCAUCAAAGGAACUGACGGCGUAUAGGAUAAGUGCAGUUGGUGAUUGCGACAGAGGCGAACGUCCCAUUCCCCCAGUACCUUAGUCAGUCAGUUUCUUGGCUGAUAGAAUUGUGAUGAAACACAAGGAUUGGAUAAAGAUAGGAUUCUACAUUCCCACAGGGGGGGCAUAACAAACUAGGAGACUCAGGGGUAAUCAAGACUCAAAGCGCUUGUUCCCUUGUCUCACAUCAGCCAACCCUAAAUCGUCUCGAGAAGAGUUACACGAGGACAUCGUAGCCACUGGGAUUGAACUGGUCAGGAAAUAUCCAAAAAGAGAAUAACGUUAAGCACAGUAUCUUUAUUAUCUAUGUAGGUCAUCAUCCUGCAAAAAACAUUGUUGGUAAACCAUAACUA